AGUGCAAAAUUAAACGCGAAAGAGUGCAGUGCGCCUAUUGGCAUAAGGAAAACUGCUUUGGCGGGAUCACGCUUACGAUUCGUUUAAAUAACAUUUUUUUUAACAAAAUAUUAAGUUUACACAAAAUGGGUUCAUCCUGCUCGAGAAAAGAUGAUGAGCCAGCCAAUGUGAAUGUUGCGCUCGGUACCGUUGGCAGUGGUUACACAUACAACGACAGCAAUAGUUGUUUAUUGGCGGUGCAAUUUGAGAGUGAGAGAACCAUAAAAGUUCUAAAAUACCAUAGUGCAAAGGAUGAUUGGACCAUCUGUCAUGAGAUACUCAACAAAGGUCUCUAUCGUACGGCGAUUGUCAAGCAAUAUCUACUCUUCCACGAUUGGUCGAAUGGCGUACGUGUUUGUUGUUAUGAUACAACAACACGUGCGCUACGCACUUUGAUGCCACUCAAAGUCAGACAACCGUAUUGGAGUUGUUAUUGUGCAACGGAAUUUCAAAAUCUUCUUUACUUCAUUGGUGCCGAUACCGAGGAUACUCGUAAAGUCUAUGCUUGGGAUCCGGAACACGAUGCGCUGAGCAAUGUGCCCAAAUUGAAUAUUGGACGGACGAGAGCUACGGCUGUGAAGCAUGAGGGCUGCUUGUAUGUGGUCGGCGGCAUGAUAACUAGCUUAGACGACAUCAGCGAUACGCAAGACAUAGCCUCGGUUGAGCGGUACAAUCCAAGACGGAAUUGUUGGGAACGCUGUGCUAGUUUGCUGCAAGCACGUUGUGUUUCGGGGUUGGGCUCCGCCGGACAUUUUAUUUAUGUCGUAGGUGGCGAUUGUGUGGGAACACCAACAAAUAUGGUUGAGAGAUACGACUCGAGAAUCAAUAAAUGGACGCAGAUAACCGUAAUGCAAGUUCCAAAAGUUUUCCCCGCCACUGUAUACUUCAAUAACCGUCUCAUAGUUUGCGGCAACUCUAGCAAUGACGAGGAUUGCUCAAUUGUUGAGGAAUUCGAUGAGAAGACCAACAAAUGGAGUAUAAAAAAUAAAAUGCCUCUACCGGGACCUUUCUCGUAUGUGGUGACAAAUCCCGAGUGGUUGAGGCAGUUGGAGGCGUUGAAUUAGAGAAAACUAGAAUUAUAGGAAGUGAAGAAGAGAAUUUAUUAUUAUUAUAUGAAAAAUUUAUUAC